AUGAAAAUAAGAGUAUGUCUGUUAUUUAUCCUGAAUUCUGUGUUGGGUCUACGUCGUGGGCCACAUCAUCCUCAUGGUCAGACCCCGGUUGACCACAGCCAUCAUCAUUACAAACCUAGGGGAACAGAAUCGCUGACAGCUGAAUCUCAACUGCUGCAUGAUACCAAACACAUUGAAGAGGAUGCUCAGGUGCUGACUGCAGAAGCACUCGCUCGUAUGACUCCCGAAGAGCUCGAGUUUCAUUAUUUCUCGGCUCACGAUUUCGAUAAGAAUUCUAAAUUAGAUGGCUUGGAAUUGUUGAAGGCUGUGUAUCAUACCAUAGAACAUGAAGAAGCGGAUCCUAAUUCCGAUUAUACCAUAGAGCCUGAGGCUAAUGCCAUUGAUACUUAUAUUGCUUUGGUGGAUCGUACCCUAGAGACUGACGACACGGAUGGAGACGGAUAUGUUUCAUACUCAGAGUACAGAGCAGCGAGACAAAAGAAUCCCACCGACAGAACAUCGAGAGUUGUUGUUAGCGAGUAA